AUGCAGCGCUCAGACAUCAUGAGUUCUGGUAGUACAGACGAUGUAUCGAAAGAAAACGUCACUGUGGUACAAGAGACACGUGAAAGGUCGAUCGAUGCUAACACCGAUUGCGAGUCGGACGAGCGUCGCUACAUUGGAGGGUGGAGGCUGUGGAUUCUCUCUUUGAGUGUCGCACUUUGCCUAUUCCUCGUCAAUAUUGAAGUGUCGGUUGUUGGAACUUCUCUUGUCUCAAUCAGCGAAGACCUUAAUGGAUUCCACAACAGUACCUGGGUCAUUACCGGCUACUUGAUCACAUAUACUAGCAUGAUCGUUCUUUGGGCAAAGCUCAGUGAUCUCACGGGCCGUAAAUUUGCAACAAUUGCGACCGUUACCAUAUUUGUAGCAUUCUCAGCCGGGUGUGGUGCUGCGCAAUCGAUGAAUCAGCUAAUCGUUUGUCGCGUCUUCCAGGGCAUUGGCGCAGCGGGGUGCGCAUCGCUCUCCCUCACACUGGCAUACGAGAUGGUGCCCGAAGAGAAAUAUCCGCAGCAGGCUGCACAGCUUUCCGUGGCCAUAGCAUUCGGUAGUCUUGUCGGUCCGCUGAUCGGUGGUGGGGCAAGCCAGAAUUCUCAAUGGCGAUGGGUGUUUCUCUUCAAUGUACCCGCGGGCGCGGUUACGAUAAUUCUCCUUUGGAUGACGCUCCCCAAGAACUUUCCAAAUCAAGGCAAUCCCAGCCAUGUGGGCACUCUGGAAGGCCUGUUGGCAGCACGGUCUUCGCUUGCCCGCAUUGAUGGUCUCGGAGCAUUUCUGCUACUGGGGGCUUCAAUGCUACUUAUUGCGGUGUUACUGGAAGGUGGAGUGUCUAUUGAGUGGUCUUCAAAAACGUCUAUUGCACUAUUCACCACCUCAGGAAUACUCUGGCUUGCUUUCGCUGGCAACGAAUGGUAUUUUACAAGCGACAAGCACAGGACCGAGCCAAUAUUCCCAUGGCGCUUCGUGACAAACCGCGUCUGGAUGGGGACACUCAUAAUCUCCAUGCUCUCAGGUAUCCCCUACAACAUACUCAUCAUAGACAUCCCUCAACGCCUCCAGACAAUUUCUGGCCUCUCGCCCUUCCAAGCUGGCGUUCGUCUGAUUCCAUUCAACUUUCUGAUAUCGUUUGGAACCGUGGUGAUCAAUAUUGUCGCUAAAGUUACGGGUAUCCUGCCAAUCAACCUGAUACUGUUCGGCUCCAUCAUCCAGCUGAUCGGCCUCGCUCUAUUCUGCACGCUUCCCACCGAUGGAAGUAUUCCGGCCGCCAUGUACGGCUAUCAAUCCAUCGCUGGAUUUGGGAUAGGAUGUGUCAUAGGGAUUCUGCUGCAGAUGCCGCCAAAAGUGGUAUGA